AUGUACUACAGUAAACCAAUUGUGACCAAGGUUUUUGACUUCAGAAGAUUGAAAAACAGGAGCAAAAGAAGUAGAAUAGACUACAGGGAUUCUGUUAAAGUAAGGUACCAUUGUUUGCUUUUAUAUGAAAUGGGUACAAUAUAGGCAAGAAUGGCAAUAAUAAUUAUACUCUUACAGGUACGGCCAGCAUUGUCGUACUCAAUAAAGAACGAAAAAACAUCUCCUGUCUCAAAGGUAGUCAAUCUGAUAAGCAAGUUGACCACUAAGACGAGUACAACACCUUGGAAUAGUAUCUACAACAAUCUCUUGGACAUGAAGAAGAAAAUGGAACUGAAAGAAAAGGCAUCUUCUUCAAGGACCUACAAUAUGAGGAUGUACGACUUGGUCUUGGAUAACAAGAUACCCACAAGGACAAUCAAAGAAAGUGUAGGUCAUGUUUUGUUAUAGCAUACCACUAUAUAUACGUUUAAUAUCAAAAACUGAGAACGACCAAACACAACGACUAACUUCAGAAAGACCCAAAAGUGUUAAUAGAAACAGCGUUCGAGUUGUUCUCAAGCCUGAGGACAUCAAACAAUCACACCAGAAGCUACAAGUUCUUGUCCCCCAGAAUCGCACCGUUAAUGCCGCAGAAGUCGUCCAGCGAUGACAACUUUUUAUCACCAACAUUGUUGUCCUUUUACGAAGAUGACCGCACGAUAGCUUCUAUACCGUCGAUUCUGAAGGCUACGCACUUGAGUGGGAAAGAACGCGAUGAGGUGAUGACACUACUUAUGCAGCUGUCUGGUACAACUGAUGCCAUAAAAGAUUCCGCGAACCUUCUGGAACAUCUCAAUUUUGCAGGUAAAUUUAUUUGGUUUUUUGCGAACGCAACAUCUCAUAUUAGCAUAAUAUUACAGUUACAGUACUUUGCGAAACAUGCCACUUUCUACAUGUCAUUAAAUGUUCCAGAUAUGGCAAAUGAGCUCACCGAUGUAAACAACCGUAUAGACAAGAUGUACAAAAACCUAGAGAGUGAUCUGAGUAAGAGACAGAAGCGAGAUCUUGACACAAAGGGAUUUACUUUCAUGAAUACCGUACAACAACAGAAAGUCUACGUGAACAAUGGUAUCUUAACGUAUUUAACUCAUUCUUACGUUUUUAGAGUUUAAUAUCACAACUGACAACGAGUUUCUGGAUGCAUUCGGUCAAUUAGAUAGACAAGACAAAGAAAAUGCCUUGUGGAAUACGAUAGAACAAGUGGCAUUGAGAGAGAGCAUGGUAAGAGAUAAACUGAGUAAAUAAAUGUAGUAGCACAAUAACAAUGAUCAAAUACAGGGACGUCGUUUGGGGGGGAGGUGGUUCGGGGGUGACUCCCCCCCCUGAGCUGAUCCGAAAAAAAUCCAUAGAUUUUCGCUUUUUCUCCUGUACGUAAAAAAGCGAAAAAAAAAUUUUCGAAAAAUCGGGCACAGGUAGCAGCUAUUUUUGGGUCUCCACCCUCCCCAGAGAAAAAUCGUAGCGACGUCCCUGAUCAAAUAUAUUUUACUAAUAAAGACAUCUAGGAAGACUACAAACACCGUUUGAAACGACGCAAACGUUCCUCCUCCGUUACCGUGUUCUCGGCGGUGAUCCUCGGCCCGUAUAUGUUUGCCCCAUCUUUUGGCCUUACCAUCAUGGGUCCAGUAAUAUUGUCCCCAAGUAUCUUUUCCCCUUCUAUUUUAAACCCCAUGGCCCUUAGUCCUUACAUUGGCUCGCCUGGACUAGGAAUGCCAUCUAUCUUGUCCCCGUAUGUUCUGUCUCCGAUGGUAUUGAACCCUGUGUUGAUGUCUCCUUUAGUUUUGUCGCCGUAUGUUCUCAGCCCAAACAUCUUGACCCCAAAUCUUCUUAGUCCUCUUAUAUUGAGCCCUUUGGUCUUAUCUCCAGACAUUUUGUCACCAGGUGGUCUCGGAGGUUCUGUUUUGAGCCCGGCCGUAGCAUCCCCAGCGAUUCUGACCGACUCUUUCCUAAUGGCUACAAUAUUAUCACCUACAGUGUUCUCAUAG